UAGCAGAUAGAACAGGAGAGUGAGAGAGUGAGUAAAAUGGAAGUUCCAUCUGAUUGUUGUACCUACCAAGUAAUGCUGUUUUGAAAAUUUUACUCACGAUCCUGACAAUAAAUGUCACGCGAAUCAUAAUUGUAAAUAAAAAAAUGUUUGUAAACGAGCUUUGUGGAGCAAAAUUUUUAUAACGGAUAAAAUAACCGACAUUUGGAAAUUACGUCGCAAUAUAACCUGAGUAUAAACUAACCUCUUGACAUCAAGGCACCUCAAAACACGAAAGAAUUUUCUACAGCACGAAACGUUUACUUCUGAAAAAUAAGCUUAUCUUUGACAAAAAGAAGUAGGUGUCAUAAAAAAACCAUGUCGAAACGUAAAUUUGAUGAUAUGGAAGAUGCAUCUAAUAAGCAACCACUUAAGAAUUCAUUGGACUCUGAUGAAGAUGACGAUGAAGUAAAUGAAGAUACCUAUAACAUCAUGAAUGAAGAUGAAUUUGAAGGUACAGAAGAUGGACCCUCGGCACCAGAAGCAAAUGUAGGAUUUACAGCAUUUAAUAUGAAAGAGGAGUUGGAGGAAGGUCAUUUUGAUAAAGAUGGCCAUUACCUUUGGAAGAAAGAGAAGCAAGUUAGGGAUAACUGGCUGGACAAUAUUGAUUGGGUCCAGGUUAAACCUGGUUCCACCACUAAUUUACAAAAAAGUACCAAGUCCAGCAAAAGUUAUGGAUUGGGAGAUAGCGAUAGUGAUGAUGAGGGAGAUAUUAUGUUUGAUCCUAUUCCAUUGUAUAAACAAAUUUUAGAAUAUCUUAAACCUGGUGAAACUGUUUCAAAGACAUUAUGCAGACUUGGUAAAGGAAAAAAGAAAUUGACUACAGCUGAAAGGUGGAAAAAGAAAAAGGAAUCCAAAACAGGUAAAGAAGAGGAAGAUCCAAAUUCUAUUAACAUAACAAAGUUAACAGAGCUGGCAAAUGAAUUAUUAACACGCACUGGUAAUAUGAACAUAUAUCAAGAAAGUUAUGAACAAAUAAAAAAGAAGAUUGAACAAGCAGAUAAACAUGCACACCCUUCAAAACAAGAAGCAGAGCUAGAUAUGUAUGCUGAUGAUUUUGAUGAAAAGGAGAAGGCGAAACUAGAUGACACUGAUAAUGGAAAGACAGCAGAAACAAGCAAUGCAGAAGAAAAUACGUCUCUAGAAGAAAAUGUAACGUGGGAUUUGAAAUGGUCACAAGAUGAAAAUGCAGAGAUACAUGGACCUCAUACUAGUCAGCAAAUGCAUGUGUGGGCAAAAGAGGGUUAUUUCAAAAAGGGUGCCUGGGUCAGAAGAACCGGACAGCAAAAUCAAUUUUAUAAUGCCUCUAGAGUAGAUUUUGAACUUUAUCUGUGACAUUUUUGUCUAAUACAAAAAUGUGAAUAAAUAAAUAUAAAAAUUGUCUGAAUAUUUGUCAAAUCAUGCGAAACUUCUAUGAAAGUUAUAUGU